AUGGCUUUGGACUUGGCGUCCGUGGAAGCCCCUCGCUCGGCGGCCGCGAUGAUCAGGACCGCAGCCGGGUACUGGCUGCUGCAGGGGCUCAGUAUUCUGCAACGUCGGCAAGAAAUGCUUUUCUUCUACGCCCGAUAUCUGGGCGCCCCAGCAUCGGGGCGGGGCCGAGGAGCCCGAGGAGGGUUCACAAGGCGGUGGAGGGAUACCCGGGCCGCGGCCGGAACUACUUUCAGGAGGCGGUCACGUGUGUGCCUAGUUGGGGAACUUUCCAAAUUCCCACUCCCCUGUCAGAGCCGGAGAGGCGAGUGGUUCGCUCCCUUCGCCCGCGGUGCGCCCGCCCGGUGCAGGCGGCGGGACCCCAGGGCCGCCCGGUUCGCGAGGGGAAAACUCGCUCGGGAGAGCCUCCCACCGGAGCUUCGCGGGGGCUGACGACGGGGAAGCUGGUUACACAAGCACCCACAUCCAAGCACGUGCCCCCGCCUCCCCGCGCGCUGGCUGCCGCCGCUGCUCCUUGCAGACCUCGGGACGAGCGUUCCCAGGCUGCUCCCACCCUCCUAGCUCUGGA